CACGUGACUGGGAUGAUCCAGUCUAGGCACGAAAUCGAAAGGAGCUUGGGCUGGCUUUAGUCAGUGGCUUGGUGCAGUGGAAAGGGUCCAAGACAACUCAGGGUCUUGGUGCAGUGGGCAGUAUCAUUGCACCAUCCUGGCAAGACCUGCGGCUAAUGAAGAUCUUUGACAGCCAAGGGAUAGUGCCUAAUAUUUCCAACUGGAAGAAUGGACAAAACCAUAAAGGAUAAAAAAAAGGAAUUCAUCAGCGUGUGGGUGAGAGAUCCCAGAGUCAAGAAAGAAGAUUCAUGGCACUCUUAUGUAGAUUAUGAAAUUUGUGUUCAUACUAAUAGUAUGUGUUUUACAAAGAAGACCUCCUGUGUUCGAAGACGCUACAGAGAAUUUACUUGGCUUAGGCAGCGACUUCAAGACAAUGCUGUAUUGAUAAGUCUACCAGAGUUGCCCCCUAAGAACCCCUUUUUCAGUGCCAGUAAUGCUCAACAUGUUGAGCAACGCUGUCAAGGCCUCCAAGAAUUUUUAGAGAAAGUAUUGCAGAUCAACGUACUCCUUUCAGACAGCAGAUUGCACCUCUUCUUGCAGACACAAUUAAACACCACAGAGAUUGAGGCCUGUGCUUCGGGUCAGACUGACUACACGGUUGAUGAUGCAGUUCACAGGCAUGCCACUUCUAACCGAAGGUUCCCUGUAGAGGAAGCAUAAGAAAAAAGAUCGGCUUAGACUUAAACUGUGAAAGCACUUCAUCCUCGGGGCUUGGAAAAUGGCAGCAAUGACAACAACACAAAGUCGUAAAAGAUGAACAUUGCGAGAAUCUGUUUUGUGCCUCAUUCUGCUUUGGGCAUGUGUUCAAAAUCUACAGUCCAGACGGCUGAUUAUCCAAAUCUGUACCUCCAAAUGGACCUGGUUCACAAAAGAAAUCUGUGAAAGCCCAGUGUGCUGCACCGUUUUUCUUCAUGAACAGGAAAAUCAUGUUUAUUCGUGGCUACAGAGAAAAUGUUCAGUUAACUUUUUGACUGAGAUGUUCUAUUUUCAAUUGCAACUUGUGGGGUGAAGGGUGGAAAAAAAAAAUAGCCUGCUUUUUGGUAGGACAUGUACACUUGCAGUAUGCAUUGGAAUAAAUGAUUAAAAUUACAUUUUAAGAGUAACUGUUGUGAAAUACAUUAUUUGGUAAACUAUUCUUAAUUAGUCUAAAGUGUGGAUUUUCUGAUUGAAGUACAUGUUUAUAGGGUGGGGAGGAGUAAUAUUCAUGUUGAGUAUGGCAAUUCCAAUGUUGUGGAUGUCAUUUUUUAAGGGCUGCUGUUUCUUGGAGGUGGAAAAAAAUCUGUUGCACAUGGAAAUGUCAUCCAAUCAUUUGUUAAUCACUCCUAAGCCAAUUUCAUGCUAAUUAAUCACAAGCUUAUUUGAUUUAGUAAUGUGCUUAGCAUAGAAACUUUGGACUUCACUCUGUAAACUUAACUGAUGGGAAAUUCACUAAUCAAUUUAAAACAGCUUUUGUUUGAAGCCUAAACACACUCUGUUCAUUGUAUGCAGUUUUACAUUUGUGAACUAUAAUAACGUACCACUGGUUGCUCUGUUUACUACACUUAAAGAUGAGUUACAUCAUGGAGAUUAAACUUUUAUAUUGUCCUCAACAAUGUAGAGAAUCAUUUGUUUCAUUUAGUUAUUGGAAACAUUGUUUCAUUUGUACAGAGAAAAUUUUGGUUGUAUUAACUGUCAGUUUGACUGUUAAGAAAAUUUACUUUUGCUCACUGCAGCAAUCAUUUUCAGUCCUCAAAUUACUUUAGUACCCCAUUAGCAGAUCGUAAUUUCAUCCCCUUCAAAACAGGAAGUUAGCAAGAACAGUUCCUAUUUUAGCUGAGAUGGGGUACUGCAAUUAGCCAAAGCAGCCCUGGGGUUGCUUAGCUCCUUGCUUCUGACUGUCAGAUAGCAAUUACUAGAGUGCAGUGGAUAAGAACAGAAUCGGGCUCUGUUCAUCAACCAGUCAACCAAUGACUAGUUCUAAGCGGUCUCAUAAAAAUGGUCACUAGGUUUGAGGUGGACUAAUGUUUGUGGAAUUUUGACCUUUUAGAGAGUUAACAUCUUCAUGGAAGUGAGAAUAUUUGUUUCAGUGACUGUUAAAAAUCACUUUUUAUACAAGAAUAAAUCCACCAACAUUCAGAAGUUACAAUUUUGAUGGUCGUGAAGUGCAACCUCAACAUUCUAACCAAUAAUAUAACUGGAUUUUAAUAAAUAUUUUUCAUGCCGUUCAUUCUCUUCAACAAUGCAAAAUAAGCAUUUGGGAGUAUUAAGCUUUGGUCUAAUUAUUCUGAAAAAAGUUAUUAUUUGUGGCUUUAUUGCUAUAAAUCUAUAUAGGUCUUUCUGAAUUUUUUUUAUAGCUUCAAUUUGUUAUUCGUUUACGUUUGGCCAUGAUGGUGUUGUCUCAGAGCUGGAAAAUAAACUUGGGAAUCUGGAUUUAAUUUCGAUUUUUUUUUUUAGAAAAUGUCUAGUGUAAAAAAAGUUGAAAUUUUUCUAGAUGGUUCAUGACAUGCUCUCGUUCAAUUGAUUUGUCCACUGUAGACGCUUCAAAUAUAAAUGCUUGCACAUGUGUGUACUACUGUACCUUAUUAAAUUUGGCAAAAAUGUGUGUGAUUUGUGAACUGUUCUGAUUUAUGGUGAAUCAUUGAUAAUUUGACACAUGAAAUGAAUCAAUGGUCUGCUAAGUUACAGGAAUUCUUACUAUUCUGGAGACCAAUGUGAUGGAAUGCUCUGUGAAGCUAAUUGGGUGCAAAAGCUUAAACAGUCAACAAGCACACAUGUUUAAUUGCAGGAAAACCAAACCUGAAGUUUUUGUACACAGGCUCUUUCUUACUUUUUCAGCACUGCUGUAGGCCAUUAGCACUCAGUUUGUCAAGAGGUCUGUUCUCCCUGACCAUAUGGCAUUAGGUGGUUAUGAAAGUCGUUCUGGCUUGUCUAGACCAAUUAACAGGCUCUGGUAGUACUGCACCAUACAUUGCUCGACAGCUUCGUGGACUUUAGAAUGCAAUUUAAAUGCUGUGGUGCACUUAGGCAAAACUUGACUAUAAAUUACCGUCACUUCUAUUUAUUCAAAACCAGUUUUCUGCUGUAGUAACACGUAAGCAGGAUUAAAAAUGCUGAACCCCUUCUAUUAUCUUGCAAAGAUUUUAGGUUCACUUAAUACUACCAGUUUAUCUGUAAAAUAUUGUAUUGUGUAACAACCAAGGUACAAAAAUUAUUUCUAAAACUUGCAUUUUUUUUCAGGAAAUUUCAAAACAUGAUCUGGAUUCUUAGAUUCUGAAGAAAGUUUGAAAUUGUUUGCUUGUGUACAUGUAGAAAAUUGCAAUGAGACAUUUGAGACAUUUUUAAAUGAGCACAGUGAUGAGGAAAACAGUACUUAAUUUUUCCUUUCUUCUUCUGUGACAUUAAUUCCUCUGUCAUAGUACUGAAUUGUAUUUUCAAUAAAUCAAGUGAAUUUGGUCUUUACCUUUCUCAAUGGAUCACUUUGCAUAUCUAUAGGUGGUUAUUGUGCCACAAUUUCAGAUCUGUUUCUUCUGUGAUUUUCUGUUUAAUACCUCCUGAUUUUUUUAAAAAAAAAUAGUGGUGAGUUCAUUUUAUCUAUAUUUUUAUUAAUUUCGCUUGAAGCCACUUGAAGGACUUUGAAACUUAUGGGUAAUAUCUCUGACUAAACCAGUGAAAAAGAUUUAGAAAUUUCCAGCAUAGUUGACAUGCAGCACUGAUCUUUGUUACUAGUUUAGGAUUGCAGUGUGUUAAAAGAUAUGCCUCGAGUUCGAAUUAAUCAUUGACUUUUUUUCUAAUUUUGACUGCAGUCCUAUGAGGAGGCACUUUUAAAUUGUCUUUUAUUUACACUCAAUGACACUAAUGGAUACCUUCUUAAAAAGUUCUUGAAUGCACUUUAAAUUUAUUCGAGUGUACGCUGAUGAAACAAUUAGUAGUUCUGUAAAGAGUAGAAGACCAUUUUAUAUUUUAAAGUCAAGUACUUCCAAGUAAUGAUUAAGCACUUUUUUAAAAAAAAUUUUUUUGUUAUAAACCCAUUUUCAGUGAUCUUAACAAAACAGUAUCUGCACUCCAAUGCAUCAAACACUGUUAAUACAAGGGAUAAAUAAAAACAAAUUCUACUGUCCUGCCUGAUUGUUCUAGUUCAUAGAAGAUUUUACACUUGUGAAUAUGGAAAUAUGGAAGAGAUACUUGAACCACAGCUUCUAAAAAUAAAUCAUUGCAGUUUCCACCCAAAUUACCAACUGUGUCUCACGUAUAAAUGCCGUACCUUAUUUUUUACCCAUUCAGUUUAUGUUUAGGAUUAAGAUACAGUACAUCCAUUUCUGAAAUCAAUGACAUACUUUUAAUACAAAAUCAAAAACUGAAACAUUGUUUCAAAUAUGUUUGGGCUUUUACAUUUUUGUGGAUUUUGAUUACCAUUUGUAGCUUUAUGUCCAACGUCUUAAAUUAUAGAACCUAGUUUUGAUUCUUGCUUCAUUCCAUUGAACAAUGAUAGUGAGUUGUCCAAUUCUACCAGAUUCUGUUGCCCCCUUGUAUAAUUUGAUUGCUUAUCUCUUGCAUGCUUUUCAAUCUGUUAUGCUUUAAUAAUAAAGGCCAUUUGUCUGUUGAGUUGCACAGUCAAUUUGAAUCCUUAUGCUAAUAAUUUGCAUUCUCUGAUGUUCUAUCCCUAUCUAAUUUCUACCAUUUGAAAGCCUGCUCAUUGAUUAGUUGCUUUCAGCUUCCAGAUCAUUUAUGUUCAUUGUUUCUAAUGGAUUUCCAAGAAAUUGUGCAUAAUUAAUCAGACCGGCAAAGAAUAAACUUUUCAAAAAAAACUUUUGUUCAAAAGUUUGUCCUAAUUGAUGAAUAAACUGCAUCAGAACAGUAACACUGGCUUUAUAACAGACUACUGUAAUCCAGACUCUGGAAUAACAAACUCUUAUCGAAAUUACAUGAAAGAAUUAAAAAUUUGUGACACUUGAUUCAAAUAUUAUUCACACUUAAUGUUGAAUGUAAAGUUAUAUCUUAAACAAGCAAAUAUGUAAUGUGAUGUAGAAAAAAAUUAGCACUGUUGUUGCUUGA